UGUAGGUUGAUGGAAAAUGUAAGAGUAAAACGUGCUGGUUACGCCUUUAGACAAUCUUAUAGCAUAUUCUUAUAUAGAUAUAAAAUGUUAGCUAAAGAAACAUGGCCGAGUUGGAAAGGUGAAGCUAAGGAAGGUGUGAAAUUAGUUCUGGAAAGUCAGAAUAUUCCCAGUGAAGAAUAUGCCUUUGGAAAAACCAAAAUCUUUAUAAGAAAUCCAAAGACGUUAUUUGAAAUAGAAGAGAGAAGAAGAGAUAAAAUGGAAGAUUUGGCUGUUAUGAUACAGAAAGUAUGGAAGGGAUGGAAACAGCUAAUGAUAUAUAAAAAGAUGAAACAGAGUCAGAUUGUGAUAUCGGCUAGAUAUAGAGGUUAUUGGGUAAGUUAUCAUGUCUAUGGAUGGAAUGGUUGA